AUGGGCGGAUUCGGCUGCCAUUUUAGUAGGCAGAAUCAAAAUGGUCCACUUGGAACAUUUCUUACGACGAAGGAAAUACUCAAAUAGGUCAUGUUUAGAGUCAGCCGGAUGUGUAUUUGUCAAUUUGUCAUGUUAAUGGGAAAUUGGUCAUGGUUCAAUGUAAAAGGUGCCAACUUGAUUAAUGUGACGCUAUUUGCGUCGUUCUCAAGUGAAAGAUUUGAGCUUGAAAUAACUGCUCAGCUGCUUACCAACAUGGCGGACAUUACGCUCCAUUGCAUACUACGCUCUUAUAGCAUGCAUGUUCGCAGCAUGUUAGUGUUUGCAGCACUUAUACGUCAACUAACUGAACAGAAGGCGCAGUUUUUACUUUGUCAGCAGGGUAUUCGUUAAAUAUUGUGCUGAACGUGCUAUGUUUUUACCCCCAAGCCUUUACGACUUCCGGUGUAGCAAUCGGUACGCCCCUCCAAUAGUAGCAUCUGUAGUCAAGCAGUGAUCUCUCGAUGGCUCAUUAGAUACUGUGUCCAGCUAACGGCCACGGUCGACCUCUUCCGCCAAUGAUUAUCCGCUUCUUUUUGCCGCUGCCGUUGCUGCUGGCUGUCUCCGCACAGGGUCACUUCUUCAGACUGGAGACCCUCUCCAAUGCGUCCACUUACUAUUUUAAUUAUAUUUACUGCAACAUUUGGGAGGGGGAGUGUCAGCCCCACCAAGACGAUGCGACGCAGCAAGUUCCAACCAGGGACCUUUGGGCGGCGUUUCCCCAGGACUACAUUAGCCUGGUGUACCAUUGGUACUGCAGCCUGGGUCAGUGCUGUGAGUCUGGGGACUGCAGGGUGACCAACAACAUCACAGGCUUGGCUCGAGACCUUCAGACCAAGCUCCACGGUCAGCACCUGGCUCAGUCUGUGGUUCUGAAAGCCAUCCAGGGUUUUAUCAACAACCCGGAGUCCAACAAGCCCCUGACACUGUCCUUCCACGGCUGGUCCGGUACCGGAAAGAACUUUGUGGCCAGGAUUAUUGCAGAUAACCUUUAUCGUGACGGGGUGAAGAGCGAGUGUGUCCGCCUGUUCAUCGCCCCGUUCCAUUUCCCACAUGCUAGACUGGUGGACACGUACAAGGGUCAGCUGAGAGAGGCAAUCCGGGACAUGGUUCUCCGUUGUUCUCAGACACUGUUCAUCUUUGAUGAGGCUGAGAAACUCCACCCAGGCCUCAUCGAUGCCAUCAAACCUUACAUGGACCACUAUGACAAUGUAGAUGGCGUCAAUUACCGAAAGGCCAUCUUCCUCUUCCUCAGUAAUAUUGGAGGAACGACAAUCAACGAUGUAGCCUUGGACUUUUGGCACUCAGGGCAGAACCGAGAGGACAUCGGGAUGGAAGAUCUGGAACAUCGGCUCCGAGCUGAAACCAUGGAGGCACAAGGUGGAUUUGCCCAGAGUGAGCUAAUGUCAGGCCACCUCAUCGACUUCUUCGUCCCCUUCCUACCUCUGGAAUACCGUCACGUAAAGCUCUGCGCCCAGGACGCCUUCACGGCUCGAGACCUUGAGACAGACGACACCACCUUGGAUGAGGUGGCAAAAGCCAUGCUGUACAUUCCAAAAGAGGAGAGAUUGUUCUCGGCCCAGGGAUGCAAGUCCAUACCUCAGCGGAUCAACUUUUUUCUUCCUUAGAGGAGAGACCUGGAGCAGGUUGUGGUGGGUCAUGCUUUUACAGGUGCAACGCGUGUCUGUCCAGGUCACAAAGAGCAAGUCACACAACAGCACAUGCUGUGUGUGGGAGCGCAAAGCACCAUUUGCUGUAGAGCGUCAAGACGGACAGACGGGCCACCUGGCCGUCUUACGAUAAACACAUUUCACUUUAUAUUGUGCAAAAGACUGAGCCCUGUCAUAGUUGAUUGUUAUGUUGAUAUGAUAAAACACAUCUAAAGGUGGCGUAAGACUUUUGCACAUAUACAGUACACACAAACAUCCACAAUUUCCACCCAAUUUUAUGUUGCACUAUCUUAAGUCCAUCUUUUAUUUAUAUAAGUGUUACUACUAAUCAUCGUACAUGCUCUGCUUUUUCAAGUAGGGGCUUGUUGUCAAUGUGAAAUUAACUUUUGGUGUUUUUGAAACAACCCUAAAGGGCACUGAAUUGUUGUUAACAGGCACCUAAGGUGACAAGGUGUUGAAAAGCAGUUGAUAUAUAUUUUAUUAUUAUUUUAAGAAUAAUUGAUGCUCACUGUAGAGCAGGGAAGGAAACCUGCUCAGAUAAUAUCAGUUGUAUUUAAUGUAAAAAUGAAUUGAUUUUACCUCCCUGAUUGUAAGUAUGUUCAGUGUUUACACUUUUAAUUGUCUCUUUUGAUGUCUCUCUCGCCCAAAGACAGCUGGGAUAGGCUCCAGCAUUCCUCCGAACCUAGUGAGAACAUGCGCUACAGAAAAUGGAUGAACAUUAAAAAAUAAUAAAUGAUACCCAUAAUGGUCUUCUUUUCUGUGGACACUAAAAAGCCUCACAAAUGUAUAAUUGUGUCCCACAGCAGGGCAAUAAUAAACAACGGCACCCAUGUGAUCCA